GGCGGCGGCUGCUGCUGCUCUGCGCGCGCGGCGCGGGGGGGGGGGGGGGGGGGAGGAGGAGGAGGAGGGAGGAGGCGGGGGAGGGAGGGGGGGCGCCGCCGCCGGCGGGGGCUAACAAAGGGCGAGGCGAGCGCUGGGGCUGGGACAGCGCGGGGCGGGAGGGAGGGCAGCCGGCGGCGGCGGCCCCACCACCAUGCCGCGGGUCGUCCCCGACCAGCGGAGCAAGUUCGAGAACGAGGAGUUCUUCAGGAAGCUGAGCCGCGAGUGCGAGAUUAAAUACACCGGCUUCAGGGACCGGCCCCACGAGGAGAGGCAGGCCCGCUUCCAGAACGCCUGCCGCGACGGCCGCUCCGAGAUCGCUUUUGUGGCCACAGGAACCAAUCUGUCUCUCCAGUUUUUUCCGGCCAGCUGGCAGGGGGAGCAGCGACAGACACCGACCCGGGAAUAUGUCGACUUUGAAAGAGAAGGAGGCAAGGUGUACUUGAAGGCACCUAUGAUUCUCAAUGGUGUCUGUGUAAUCUGGAAAGGCUGGAUAGAUCUACAGAGACUGGAUGGUAUGGGCUGCCUGGAAUUUGAUGAAGAGAGAGCACAGCAGGAGGAUGCAUUGGCACAACAAGCCUUUGAAGAAGCUCGGCGAAGAACUCGUGAAUUUGAGGAUAGAGACAGGUCUCAUCGGGAGGAAAUGGAGGCAAGAAGACAGCAAGACCCUAGUCCUGGAUCUAACCUAGGAAGUGGUGAUGAUCUCAAACUACGUUAAUCAACAGCAGCAGGCGUACCAUGGGUCUGCACACAUGCAUUGCUUCUACUUGGCAAAGGAUUUAAUAAAAGACCAGAAACUGUGAUAACUGGGUAUGCUAUGGUCUGUUUCCUGACCUGCGGCAGUCAAAAUCACCAUGAACUGCCAUGGUUUGCACUAUGUUUAUGUUACAAUACCUGCAUUUCCCAUUUUAAGCAUGUAGCCAGUGGCAAUUUGAAAUUUUGUUUUUCUAUGCAAACUUAUUUUUGUUGGCACUAUUUUAGUGAAAUGGAAACUUAUGCAGCUAUAAAACCAUUUUUCUCAACUGUAAUAAAAAUUGUCACUUAAAAAUAGGUCAAGAUAUUACAGAUUUAAAACUUCUUUUAUUGUUUUUGGUUUUUUUGGUUUUUUUUGUAAACUGCUGGAAGCCAAUGCAUUCCAAGCUUAAUUUUUUUAAUAUGGGCUUUUGGAAUUUUGAUUGUCCUUAUUGUGCUCCUGCUUUGUUUUAGAUACGCAUUCUUAUCUAUCUUUCCGUUUUCUUUUUUUCUAAAUUUGCAAGACCUUCUUAAAACUGCUGACAUUAUUUUGCAUUGUUUCCAAGCUAAACCCAGUGAAUCAGAGCUGUUGGAAUCAGUUUUCAAACUUUGUGGGUUUGUAAAUGUUACAGUUGCAGUAUUCUUUUAACUGCUAAUAAUUCAUUGGUUCCACUUUUUAAAUGAUAAAAUGUAUAUUUUCAUGCAUUUUAAUGCAUUCUGCCCCAGUAUCUCUUAGGUUUUAUUCUGUAUCAAGUGAGUUUGGGUGGUUAUUAUACCCCUGUAUAUAGUACUUUACUGAAACUCAUAGGAAGUCGCAGGCUGGCUUCUGUUUUAUUCAGGGAUUUUUUUAAAUAGUUCUUAAAAGGGGUACUGCAACUCUACAAUCAGAUUCAACAGCAUGUUAAACUGGGAACAGAAGUGAUCAGCUGCCAAGGUGAUAUGUAUUAAAUCAUGUUUAAGAUAGCUGCUUUAAGUAUAUUUUAUAUCUUAGGCUUUUUGUAAAGUUGUGCUGAAUGGUGAAAAGUUGAGAUGAGGUUGUGUGCAGAAAAUCUCAUACCGUGCGUAGGACACUUCUAUUCAAUCUUAUGCAAAUUAAGACUACAUUGCAGUAUAUAUUGCAUUUUCUAACAGGGUAAGAUUUGGGAUGAGUUAAUCUGUGUGAAUUAAUCUUAUUUGGGGUGAUGGUGAAUGGACUUGUUCCAAAUUUUUCAUUGCAUCCAAUAUUUGAAGAUGAUUGAUGGGAAGUGUGAUGUCAUUUGGCUUUGUUAAAAUGUGGUGCUUCCUGUACAGCCUGAUGAAUAAAAAUGUCAGUUAAAUACCUUUUAAAAAUAGGUGAUCUGACUUCAGUGUAUUAAGAAUUAUUUUGAAGGUAGAAACUCUGUAUGGUUAGAACAGUUAAAUCUUUAUUAAAUUCUAUAAUUAAGAUAAUUACAUUCCUCAUUAAUGGCAAAACAAUUGAUGCAAAAGAGGUCUUGCAAAAAUGUAAGCAGAUGUCAAUGUGAAGGAGAAUCUUUGUAUGUUAAUAAUAUGAAUAUUUAACAUUCACUUAAAAAUGUCAAUAACUGUAAACUGUGAGAAUGUCAUCAAAUAGAAAUAUUUUGAUACUUCAAUUUAAAUGUGAUUCACCUGAAAGAUAACCUUUUUCACUCUGUGGCCACGUAUUCUUCUCGCUCUUCUUCCCCCAAAGAAAUAAUUUUUCUAAAGUG